AUGAGCCCAACGACCACGCAUCUGAAAGAAGAGAAGUCCAACUCUCUCGUCUUCGCCGGCGCAAACUUCAACAUCUACAAGGUGCGCAUCCAGGCCAAGCUCCGCAGCAAAGGCCUGUGGAAAGUUGUGAGCGGCGAAGAAACGGGCGAGGAAGCCGAGGAUGACGACGACUACGACUCCAAGGAAGACAGGCCUUCGAUAUCCUCGUCAACUCCCUCGACGACGAUAACCUGGCCUAUGUGUCUCACGUGA